CUGGGCUUUAACGUCGCCUUGACUUUGACGGUUGUCAAAUUUGCUAUUCUAGGUGAGUAACUUAAUGUAGCAGCUACAGUAAGUAUCGGUAUUUCGUUUCUUAGUCUCGUCGCCAAUAAGCUCUCUUAAAGGCUCAAUUGAAACUGUGAAAGGCACAUCUCAUUCGGAGGUGAUGGCUCCUGAGGACUUAUCAAUUAUGCAUUUUACAAGAUCACAAGUAUUUGACGACUAAGAAUGCUUCAAGCGAUGUUGUUAAUUCUAGAUAUGAAAAUGGAGGAAAUCACACAAAAAGAACAGAUUAGAAAACGACCUGCGGAACCGAAAGUUAAAGGUAGCAGCCUGAAAAGAACAAUAGCAGGAUUUUUUCUUUUGAUAUACUUUUGUACUGUAAUCUGGACGGGUCCACCAAUGAUACUAUUUACCUCUGUGAUUAUCCAGAUAAAAUGUUUCGAUGAAGUUAUCAACAUUGCCUACCGUUCGAAGAAGAUGGAAGAGUUACCGCAUUACAAAACUCUCAAUUGGUACUUCGUUAUCGUCGCCAACUAUUUUUUCUUUGUUGACGCCUUCCAACCUCACAUUCAAGUCAUUACGAGGAAAUAUCAAAUGCUCGACUUUUUGAUGAACUACCAUAGAUUUCUCGCCUUUUGCUUAUAUUUCUUGGGUUUAGCCUUCUUUCUUAGCUUCGUUAACAUAAAACCCAUAAGAAAACAAUUCACUCUACUUGCUUGGACCCACUGCUUACUUAUGAUAUUCAGCGUACAAUCAUACAUGCUGUUGCGUAGUAUGUUCCAAGGAUUGAUUUGGCCAUUCAUGCCUUUUGUUUUGGUUAUUACAAAUGACGUUUUCUCCUACAUGUUUGGCAAGCUUUUUGGAAGAACUCCUCUGAUAUCUUUAUCACCAAAUAAAACCUUAGAAGGAUUUAUUUUUGGGGGCAUUGCUACUUUCAUUUCAGCAAUACUUCUAUCACAUUGCUUUUGCAGUGUGAGGUAUCUGAUUUGUCCUCUAAGCUACGUUGAAAGAAAUGGUCUCAUUUCCAUAAGCACUAACUGCACGCCAACUUACUUCUUCCAAUUGCAAAGCUACAAAGUGUGGAACAUCACCUUUUCUACAUAUCCUUUUGUCUUUCAUGCCAUUGCCAUGUCAUGUUUUGCAAGUAUGGUUGCACCUUUUGGAGGAUUUUGCGCUUCAGGGCUUAAGAGAGCUGUGAAAAUUAAAGAUUUCGCAGAUACUAUUCCAGGACAUGGUGGUCUCCUGGAUCGGUUUGACUGUCAAUUUCUGACUUGUACGUUUAUAAAUGUCUACGUAAGCACAUUUGUAAAAGGUGUUAGCGUUAACAGGAUCUAUGAGAAGGUGUUGUAUAUGAAUGAUGGAAACCAAAUCAAAUUUCUCCAGCUACUUCACGCAGAGCUGGUUCAGAAAGGGAUGCUGAACAAAACGUUGGAGUUACCAUUAAUACAAUAACAUAUUUAUUAGCCUAUAAAUUAAUUUGGGCUUGUUAUUGUGUUAAAUAGAAAUAUUGAAAAGUA